AUAUGUGUGUGUAUAUGUAUUUUUUCAUGUCAUUAUAAAUUGUAGACAUCAUUUUAAUGAGUAUAAAAUAGACCAUUGGAUGAAUGUCAUAUAUUUUCUACCAUCCCCUAUUGCUGGAUACCUGUUUCUAUUUUUCCCCUUUGCUAAAACACCACAAUGAACAUCUUUGGGCUUCAUCUCAGAUCUCUUGUUAGAUUUUCUUCUUUGAACAAAUUCCCACAGGUAGAAGUGCUGGGUUUUAGACCUGUAAUAGUUGCUGUCAAAUAUGUGCUCUGAGCACUGUAGGGACAGUCUUUCUGCCCUGCUUUUAAAAAAAAGUCUUCUCCAGUAUCCCCAUGAGACUCCCUUCUAGCCGCAGGAAACAGCCCUAGGACACCCUCACCCCACCACCUUCUCUGCCAGAGCCCUGUUCCCUUGUGUGCCCACCAAACAAAUAGUAUGAAUGCCUGCCGACCAGUGAAUGGUUCACGGGAGCAGUGGUUCCACAGAAUGUUCUGCAGCCAAUGGCUUUGGAGGCCCUUUUAUCUCCUUGGGGGUCUCUUCCCCACCCUGUUCCCCUAAGUGCAGGGGUCUUUCUCCUUCCUCACCCUCUCCUCCUCUGACCUCAAUUCCCACCUCUGUGCUCAUGACCCCCAACCUCUUUCCCCCAAGAUCUCCCUCUUGUGCUCUAAGCAGGGACUCCUUCUGCUCUUUGCACAUUCUGCGAGCCUCCCACACAUCCCCCAGACUCAAUGUGCCCUAAACCCAACCCCCACUUUGACCCCCCAACCCCCACACUAAACCUGCCCCAGUACUAAGCCUCCCCUAAUCAGGGACUAGCUCUACCCCCAGCCAGCCAGUCACGCCAACGGGGAUUCUUUCCUCCUCUCCUCCACACCCUGUCACUCACCAACGCUGUCCAUGCCAUGGCCUACAGAUGGUUCCAGUCCCUUCCUAGCCUUCUCCUUGGUCCAGGUCCCUUCACACCUGGACAGUGUAACACCCAACCAACCUCUGACACGCACACAUACUGGACACUCCAGCCAGGCUGAACGUUUGUUAGUUUUUCGAUUGCCCUGGCCUUUUGCACAUGCUUUUCUCUCUGCCUGGCUUAUUGUAGGGUAACAGGUUCAUUAGCUAAUGCUAGCUGUUGUAAUAGAUAAGCCCGAAGUUCCAAAAGCCUUAACACAAAGGCAGUUUAGUUGUCAUUUUCCUGAAAUCUAAUCAGGUGUUUGGUGAGCAGGGAUGCAGAGACCCAGGUUCCUCCUAUCUCAUGGCCCCGCCCACUUUUAGAUCCUUAGAGAUGUCCCCAUUCAUCCAGCAGGUGGGAAAAGAGACCACAGAGAAGGUCUGCCCACUUAACCUUAUCAGCUGUCAUUCUGCUCGUAUUCCAUUGGCCAGAAUUCAGUUACAUGAGGACAUUGAACUGCAAGUGCAGAUGGGAAAUGUAGUUUAGGGAGAAAGGGAACUAACUGCCUUUGGAAAUCAGAAAACACCCAGUAGCUUCUGCCACCGAGCCCUCUAGCCCAGGAAGUCUCCCUGAUCAUGCCCCUCCCACCUUCCAGGCUGGGUCAGGUGUUUUCUCUCUGCUCCAGGAAGCCCCGCCAGUGGGUCCUCCACCCGAGACCUGCAGCUGUCUGCUUGCCCCUCUGUCACCCCCAGCACCUUGAGCCCGAGCUCCGCGCACUGGGCACCAUGAACCGCAGUGCUGGGCACAGUGCAGGUGCUUAGCAAAUACCUGCAGAACAGAUCAACUUAAAACUCAUUGUGGUGGGGGGGUGCUUAGCAUACACGAGGUCAUGGGUUCAAUCCCCAGUACCUCCAUUUAAAAAAGAGAGAGAAAACCUCAUUAUGAUCACAAAAAGAUGUCCACAAUCUAUUGAUAUGAGGGGGUUGAAAGCAAGUUAAAAACAAAGUGUGCUCCCCAACAGAGACCCCUCCCAUCACCAAUAUAGACAGAAAAGGAGGAGGCUGGUGCUGAAGCUUUAAGGGUGGUGAACUCUGGGUAUGGAGCUCUUUUCACUGUCCUCUCGAUAUUUUUCUGUAACUGUAAAGUUACAGAAACUUUAAAGUUCAGAAACUUUUUUUCAGUGAGCAUGUGCUGCUUUUAUAGUUAAAAAAAAUUAUUUUUUCUUUGGGGGCAGAACCAGCCACAGCCAAUGGCACUGAUACUCUGGGAAGAGACCCCUCUGGCAAGGCUGUUCUGUCAUCAAUGCUCCCUCCUCUGGAAAGCUUGGCUUCAGGUGGCUCUUCUGUUCCUCCCAUGCUCUCUCUCUGUGCUCCACCACCACCUGGACAAGGUUCUUGCCCUUGUGUGGCCCUGGGCUUGUCACUUCCUCACUUCAACUCCUUGGGUCCUCAGUUCCCUAGUCUAUGAUAAAGUAGGGGAUAGGGAGGGCUCCCUGUAAAGAUCCUGAGGAUACGUGAUACAUGGCAAGUCCUGAGCACAGGACCAGACUCUGGUCUAGAGUCCACGCUCAUAAACCACUGUGCCUGCUGUUUGAUGUCAGCUCUGCCCCUCCUCACCCCCAUGCACCUGUCUUUAAGUUAGCUCAGCCCAGAACAGAUAAAACAUCUCUACCCUGUACUCUGGACCUGAUCCAGUACUCAGGGAGAUCAGCACUCUGAGUCCUCCUGUGUCUCAUAGGUGCUUGGAGGACUGCUCCCUGGCUGGGCAGGGCUGUGGGGGAAAGAGCAUUCAGAGCGCAGUGUCAGAUGCUCCCUGACCUAUGAAAGUGCUCCGAGUGGGAUAAAUGACUGUCACAGUAGUGAUUAUUAAUAAUUGAUGGUGACACCUGGGUCCCCAGAGCCCCAUGCCUGGGCCAUGGUGUGGGCUCUGGGCAUCAGAGCUAAAGGAAGGAUGUGGGGGCUUUCCUGGGCACCCUCUGUCCAUGGGCAAGGCUGAGGCAGACCUGAUCCCAGCUAAGAGCAGGGUGUGAGAGGUUCCAGUCCCUGAGCUGAGCCUGAGGGCCACUGGGUUUAGAACCAAGGCCCCUAGAACUGCCUCUUCCUACCGAGAUCUUGGAAAGGAUGAGCAUCUCUGAUCAGCCUGAAUCGCUCGAGGCUGGACCAGGGUGUCCCAUGCCACCAUCCCUCACACAGGGUGGAGGCAGCGCAGGCAGGAUUCUGGACUGCACCUCAGUACUGCAGUACUGAUGAAGAACUUGGAGCUCUGAGAGGAGAAAUCUCAUCAGACUCUACCUGCCCUGGCCAGGGGCUCCGCCUCCAGGAGGCCUUCCAGGCUAAGUUUCUCACUCUCUGGGCUCUCACAGAUUUUAGACAAACCUUGGUGGUCUGAGGUUGUGUCUCAGCAUCUUAAAGCCGUAGAGUUUGGCAAGUCCAUGUUUGGAUUCUGGUUCUAUCUGCCUCUCCUCUAACUGUGUGACCUUGGACAGGUGAGCUCAUCUCUCUGAGCCUUGGUAUCUUCACCUGUUUGACUCACAGGGCAGACAUGAGGCUUAAGUCAGAUGUGAUCAGAGGAGCAAUGAGCCUCCCCACCCCACCUGCCUCUCUGCCCCUCCGUGGCCUUCAAGCCUGUCCCAGGUUCUCCGCAGGGCUCUGCGGCUGCUUGUGUCCUUGAUCCAAGGACACCUGGGACCUUGCUGAGCCCUCAGAUGAAGGAGCAGCCUGGCUGCUGAGGUCCAGAGAGGAUCGAGGAGCACCUAGGGGGCAGAGAGCCAGGGCAGCACCUGCAGGGUACAGGCAUAUGCCACCUGCUAUCCCAGGGGAGGGAACUCAUGAAUAUUCACACCCACUGGAGCAUGAGGGAGCCGGCCAGCACACUGCUGGGUGUCAUUGGAGCGUUCCUGUUUCCCAGUGACCGCAGAGGCAGCCUUGGGAGUCAGACGUGGCUCAGGCAGGGAGAGGGAAGGGGCAGCCAGCCACGGCCCAAGGUGUCUGAGAUGCUGCUGCAGAAGAAGCGCUGGGAGUCGAUGGCCAAGGGGCUGGUGCUGGGAGCACUCUUCACCAGCUUCCUGCUGCUGCUGUACUCCUACGCCGUCCCCCCGCUGCACACCGGCCUGGCCUCCACCAGGACCUCCGAGGGCGCAGCACCCUGUUCCCCCGCCCCAAGUGAGCCCGAGCCUGUGACCUCGGCCAAUGGCUCGGCUCAGGGCUGCCAGCCGCGGCGGGACAUCGUGUUCAUGAAGACGCACAAGACGGCCAGCAGCACGCUGCUCAACAUCCUCUUCCGCUUCGGCCAGAAGCACGGGCUCAAGUUCGCCUUCCCCAACGGCCGCAACGACUUCGACUACCCGGCCUUCUUCGCGCGCAGCCUGGUGCAGGACUACCGGCCCGGCGCCUGCUUCAACAUCAUCUGCAACCACAUGCGCUUCCACUACGACGAGGUUCGGGGCCUGGUGCCGCCCAACGCCACCUUCAUCACGGUGCUCCGCGACCCCGCCCGCCUCUUCGAGUCCUCCUUCCAUUACUUCGGCUCCGUGGUGCCCUUCACGUGGAAGCUCUCGGGCCAAGACAAGCUGGCCGAGUUCCUGCAGGACCCCGACCGCUACUACGACCCCCACGGCUACAACGCUCACUACCUCCGCAACCUGCUCUUCUUCGACCUGGGCUACGACAGCGACCUGGACCCCAGCAGCCCGCAGGUGCAGGAGCACAUCCUGGAGGUGGAGCGCCGCUUCCACCUGGUGCUCCUGCAGGAGUAUUUCGACGAGUCGCUGGUGCUGCUCAAGGACUUGCUGUGCUGGGAGCUGGAGGACGUGCUCUACUUCAAGCUCAACGCCCGCCGCGCCUCGGCCGUGCCGCGCCUCUCGGGCGAGCUGUACCGCCGCGCCACGGCCUGGAACGAGCUGGACGCCCGCCUCUACCGCCACUUCAACGCCAGCUUCUGGCGCAAGGUGGAGGCGUUCGGGCGGGAGCGCAUGGCCCGCGAGGUAGCCGCUCUGCGGCGCGCCAAUGAGCGCAUGCGUCGCAUCUGCAUCGACGGCGGCGACGCGGUGGACGCCACCGCCAUCCAGGACGCGGCCAUGCAGCCCUGGCAGCCGCUGGGCGCCAAGUCCAUCAUGGGCUACAACCUCAAGAAGAGCAUCGGGCGGCGGCACGCGCAGCUCUGUCGGCGCAUGCUCACGCCCGAGAUCCAGUACCUGACGGACCUGGGCGUCAACCUGUGGGUCACCAAGCUCUGGAAGGUCAUCCGGGACUUUCUGCAGUGGUGACGUCCCGCCCGCUGAGGAGGGCCAGGCAGGGCUCCUCUGGCCGCCGCCGCGGCCCUCCUGGUGCCACCCCGGCCCCUGGGGUGAGAUGGGGCUGCUGCCAGGUCUGGGCCCACCGCACACAGGGCCUGAGAUCAGUAUUUGACUAGUUAUAGUUUUUUUUUUAAUUACAUUCCUUUCCCUCUGAAAAAGAAUGUUCUAUUUCCUGUCUCCCCUUAAAGGGGAGACUUCCAAAGUAAAAGAAUUUAAUGUGUUUUUGUUAA